CUUAGCAACGAUCGCUGUAACCUCAACGAGCUCAGAAUAAGUUGGCAAUCAAAACAUCGAAUUGUUGAGUUGUUGCAAUAACACUGGUUCACCAUGGAGAUAGUAUACGUGUAUACGAAGAAGCGAAAUGAGUUCGGUCGACAGUGUAAUUUUUCCGACAGGCAGGCUGAACUACAUGUCGACAUAUUGCCUGAUGAAUCGUUGACAAGUAAUUUUAUUGAGAAGAAUCCUGUUGAUUGUGGUUUACAAUGUGUCCAAGAAAUGUCCGAACAUGAGAUUAAUACAGAAAGAUAUGAAACAGAAAACAGAGGUAUAAACCAUGUGGAAGGAGGCUGGCCUAAAGACGUCAACCCACAAGAAGUAGAACAAGUAAUGAGAUACAGGAAGAAAGUUGAGAAAGAUGAGAUGUACAUAAACACUAUCCAACAGCUAGGCAGUGUAAUGGAACAUGUAAUCAAACAAAACAAUGCUAUAGAUAUUUAUGAAGAUUACUUUGAAGAUCUUCAUGUUUCCGAAACAGAGGAACCACCAUCAGCCAAAACUAUUAAUGUUUUUAGAGAUCCGAAUGAAGUAAAGCGUACAGCAACUAACCUGUCCUGGUACCCUGAUGGUGCACGUAAACUAGCAGUUGCUUACUCUAAUUUAGAAUUUCAAAGGUCGUCUCCUGAUACCAGUAUGGAUUCAUACAUCUGGGAUAUAGAAAAUCCCAACAAGCCAGAUUUCACAAUAAAGCCAGUUUCACCAUUAGUGACUUUGGAGUACAAUCCUAAAGAUUCACAUGUGUUGGUUGGUGGUUGUUACAAUGGUCAAAUUGCUUACUGGGACACCAGAAAGGGCCCUAGCCCUAUAGAAAUGUCACCUGUUGAACACAGUCAUCGUGAUCCAGUCUAUAAAGUCAUCUGGUUGCAAUCCAAGACUGGUACUGAAUGCUUCUCUGCAUCAACUGAUGGACAAGUGUUAUGGUGGGAUACAAGGAAAUUAGGUGAACCAACAGAGAAAUUAAUCAUGGAUGUUUCAAAGAAGCAGGAUCUGGAGAAAGCUCAGGGAGUGAUUUCAUUGGAAUAUGAACCCACCAUACCUACUAAAUUCAUGGUUGGUACAGAACAAGGCUGUGUGAUCUCAUGUAACCGUAAAGCUAAAACACCGGCAGAGAAAAUUGUAGCUGUCUAUAAUGCACAUUUAGGACCAAUCUAUUCGUUACAAAGAAAUCCAUUCUUUCCUAAAAACUUCCUAACAGUUGGUGACUGGACAGCAAGGAUCUGGUCAGAAGAUAUACGAGAAUCCUCAAUAAUGUGGACCAAGUACCACAUGUCCUAUAUGACUGAUGGCUGUUGGAGUCCUGUUAGACCAGCUGUAUUCUUUACAACUAAAAUGGAUGGUACAUUAGAUGUUUGGGAUUUCUUAUUCAAACAAAACGACCCAACACUCAGUUUACAAGUAACUGAUGAAGCCCUACAUAGUUUACGUAUUCAAGACCAAGGUAGAUUUAUUGCCACAGGCUCGCACAGCGGUACCACUACGUUACUGGAGUUAUCCAGUCGUCUAUGUACGAUGCAGAGAAAUGAAAAAGCUCUGGUCACAUCAAUGUUUGAAAGGGAAACCAGGAGGGAAAAGAUCUUGGAGUCCCGUCAUCGUGAAAUGAGGCUCAAGCAACGCACAGCUAGCGGAAUGGAAAGGCAUGAUGAUGAGGAUGGUGACCAUCCCGCUGGCGGUGAUGAUUAUGAAGAGGAAGACUUAGUUGCGCGAGCUGAGAAAGACUUUUACGAUGCCAUUGAAGCUGAGAAGAAGAGUCGGGAAGCUAAGGAAGCUAAGAGAAAAGAAGCAGAAGCUGCCGAGGCAAAUAUAAAGGAGAAUGGUGAUGAAAAGAUUGAUGAAGAAAAAGAUGAUGAGAAUGCAGAGUAGAGUGUAACAUUGGAAUUAACUGCCAUGAAGUUGAGAUACAAGUUUGAAGUUGAGAUACAAGUUUGAAGUUGAGAUACAAGUUUGAAGUUGAGAUACAAGUUGUAAACAGCAUCUUUCAAUGAAAAUGCGUAUUUCACACAACCGGAUACAGAGCUUAACCGACUUAUCUCUCAUGUAUAUAAAAAUAAAUACAAAAUCUUACAAGUUAUUAACUCAUUAAGACUUUGUUCAUACUUACCAGGUAUCUUUCUUACUUACGCAUAACAAAAAUGUAAAAAAAAAUGUAAAAAACACGAAAAAACUUAAAAUACUGGCAAGUCUCUUUUUGCAUUGAUUUGCUACAAAACAUGUUGGUCAAGUAAGAAUAAUUGUAAAUAUAAUGUACGAGAUUCAUUGGUAAUUUGGUGCAAAUAUUGGAAUGUCUUGUCUUUAAUUUCAAUGUGUAAAACAACACACUGGUAUAUACCGGUAGUAAGACUUGACAACCUGCAACAUGACUUGUACAUGACAGUCUACAGCUACAAAUAUCAUUAUUUAUGCUAAUCUAUCGUGAUAGUAUCAUUGCGUGUACCAUGUAUAUAUUUAUAGUAUUAGAUUUAUCUACAAUUUUUGACAAAAAAUAAUUGUUGUAAUCUUUUGAAGUAUGUUAUUUUGAAUGUCAAAAUGUGUUUUUUUCAAAUACUUAUUUCAAUAAAAUAUUUUUACCAGACAA